CGCGGAACACGCCGCGCUGCUGCUCCAGUCGAGGCUGCUCAUACAAACACUAUCAGUCUCCGCCGCAGCGAAUGGAGGCGAACUGCUGGAAGAGACAUCACUGAGGAACUGUUUCUUUAUCAAAUAUCUUCCCUUCGGAUGUAAAAAAGGAUUUUAACCCGACGACGAUCCGGCGGGGAGAAGAAACGCGACACCAUUUUUUUUUUUAAGUCGACUCGCUUCCCGUUUUUCCCUCCGAACAGAUCGAUUGCCUGUCAUUUAAAAAAAGGGCGUGUGUGCGGGGCGAAGGCAGUUUUAACCAUUUAAUGUGGGUAUAAACGGUAUUUUAGACAUUUUUCUUUCACACCAUCUGGAAGGACACGGUCGAGGAUGGGAUGCACGCUGAGCACAGAGGACAAGGCGGCGGUGGAGCGCAGCAAAAUGAUCGACAGGAAUCUGCGGGACGACGGGGAGAAGGCAGCCAGGGAGGUCAAGCUGCUGCUGCUCGGUGCUGGUGAAUCGGGGAAAAGUACAAUUGUCAAGCAGAUGAAGAUCAUCCAUGAGGCCGGCUACUCAGAAGAGGAAUGCAAGCAGUACAAGGCUGUGGUCUACAGCAACACCAUCCAGUCCAUCAUCGCCAUCAUCAGAGCCAUGGGACGCCUCAAGAUCGACUUUGGCGAUGCCGCAAGAGCUGACGAUGCACGGCAGCUGUUUGUGCUGGCGGGCUCAGCAGAGGAAGGCUUCAUGACGGGAGAACUGGCCGGUGUCAUUAAGCGACUGUGGAAGGACGGAGGUGUUCAAGCCUGCUUCAGCCGCUCCCGCGAAUAUCAGCUCAAUGACUCGGCAGCAUACUACUUGAACGACUUGGACAGGAUAUCCCAGGCCACCUACAUCCCGACUCAGCAGGAUGUCCUGAGGACUCGAGUCAAAACCACAGGCAUUGUGGAAACGCACUUCACAUUCAAGGACCUGCACUUCAAAAUGUUUGAUGUUGGCGGUCAGCGGUCCGAGAGAAAGAAGUGGAUCCAUUGCUUCGAGGGUGUGACCGCCAUCAUCUUCUGCGUGGCCCUCAGCGACUAUGACCUGGUGCUGGCUGAGGACGAGGAGAUGAACCGAAUGCAUGAGAGUAUGAAGCUGUUCGACAGCAUCUGCAACAACAAGUGGUUCACAGACACGUCCAUCAUCCUCUUCCUCAACAAGAAGGAUCUGUUCGAGGAAAAGAUCAAGAAGAGUCCUCUCACCAUCUGCUACCCAGAAUAUGCUGGCUCCAACACGUACGAGGAAGCAGCCGCCUACAUUCAGUGUCAGUUUGAGGACCUGAACAAGAGGAAGGACACCAAGGAGAUUUACACCCACUUCACCUGCGCCACAGACACCAAGAAUGUGCAGUUUGUCUUUGACGCCGUCACCGACGUCAUCAUCAAGAACAACCUGAAAGACUGUGGUCUCUUCUGAGGGGGAAGAUGGCGGAGAUUACCUUUUUUUUUCUUGGCGGUGGAGCCAGUUUUAUUGUGCAUCUUUGGUGGGGAAGAUGAGAAGAGUCGGGAGGAUCAGUCACGGACCAGUGCUGUACUAUAUGCCACUUUUAACAGCUUUAUUUAUGUUUUUUUUGUCUUGGAACAUUUUGAACUAGCGACAUUUGUGUAGGAUGUUUGUAUCAUUGUAAAAGCGUCACCGCAAAUUUUCCGCACACUUUUUUUUUUUUUUUUAAAAAAAAAGGUUUUUAAUUUUUUUUUGAGGAGGAGGUCGCGUUUUUUUGCUGUUCCUUCUGCCGCUGUCUCUGGAAAAGGAAGCUGUUGGUGGCUUCUUUUCUUCCUUCCCUACAAACUAAACAAAAGGGAAGAAAAGGGGUACAACUUUGAGUCCAGUUUGUUGGUACUUGUGCCUUCGCAUGCCUUUUUACCGCGGUCGUAGUCCCAAUGCUUGUUCUGUUGCCUGCUGACUUGUUCUAAACAUAAAAGAGGUAAACUUGUUUUCAUAUGUUAGUGUCCCUGCUAUCUUCUAUGUGCACACCACUGAGCUAUCUGGAGGAAGGAAGAUUUCCCUCUGGUCUAAAGGUACAUGGGUCUCCAUGGUGAGCAACAUGUAGCCUCCACAGUCCCCUACCCCCGUCCCCCCCACCAGCCAUGACAAUGGAAGGCCUCGCUGGCCGAUCACGCAGUACAAUACUGAGAUGUAUAUUGUUACAUUCGCCCCGCAGAUCUGGGGUUCUGGUUUUUAAAGUGUACAAAAUAUCCAUUCUUCCCAACCAUUUCGGAAAAUGGUUAGCAGAGGCACUGAGCUUAUAAUGCGCUCGAGACCAGGGUAGGCACAUUUUAAUGUAUAUUUUAAUGUAUUCGGAGGAGAGUUUUGGGUGUUAAGGAGAGAAAACCACAGAAAAAGAUGGUUAUAAAGGUGAGGAUGAGGUCUGAAAUGUUUUAAGGUUCAGACGUCGCCAUUCGCGAAGCCUUUCGUUCAGGCGAUAGAGGAUUGUCAAAGGGAGCCUGGUCUACGAUUUUUGAGAUCAGUUCUACUUUGCCAAGACUUGAGUGAUAAAUAUGGUCCUGGAUCUGUUCAUAUAAAGAAACUGCCACAACUGUCAAUGUAUGUGUAUGUUCUCCACGAAUGGAGAAUCUUUGUAGACUCAUCUCCCUUAUUUUGCUAAUAAAAACCAUGUACAAACCA